AGCCAUUGUGGCUAAGGCUGAAUUUUGUAUUUCCUUUUGGGGGCCGAGCCUCAACGACCGUUGCCCGAUGCGGGGCGGCGGCGGCUGGUCCAUGCUGCUGAUGCUGCUCUUCGGCGCGGCCCUUCAGCGUGGCGACAGCCAUAACAGCAGCAGCAGCAGCGAUAGCAACCCUGUGCGCCACCCGAGCGCGCCCGACCAGCCAGAGGAGCCCGAUGCGCCACCCGAGCGCGCCCCAGCGCUGCGCGCGGGGGCGCACGCGGGCGGGGGCGGCGGCGAGUCGACCCCCGCGCCGCGCGGCGCCGGGGCGCGGGGCCUCGCGUGCGCGCUGGCGGGCGUGGGGGUGGUGGCCCUGCUCCGCAGGCGCCGGUGGCGGCAUCGGCCACUGGCGAGCCGAGCGCCUGCUGCCCCCGCGCGGCCCUGUGAGGCCGCGGGCGGGCGCGGCGCACAUCCAGAGGCGCCGCAGUGGGGCCUCGUUGCGUGGGCCUUGCUAGUCGGCGCCUCCGUCUCGGCGCGGAUGUGGUGCAGCGUGGAGCUCGUCGCUGGCGCGGCCGCCGACAUGGACCCUAUCCUUGCGAGUGCCCACGUCGCCUCCAGGGCCAUGGUGCUGUCGUCCCUCUGCCUCGCGCCGUUCGCCUCGCGGCGGGCGCUGCCCAGGUCCUGGGGCCCCUGGCUGGCGGGCGUGUGCACCGCCCCCUCUGCAUCGCUGAUCGUGACGUCCCCGGUGAUAGGGCUAGGACUCACGCAGAUGAUGCUGAAGCUGUCGACCCUCCUCACAGCGCUGUCCCUGGACGCCCUCGCCGGCAAGUUGAGGGCUGGCUGGCAGCAGCGCCUGCUCGGGACCGGUACGGUGCUCGCGGGCGUGGCUGUGGCGGCCGUCUGCGGCGGCGGCGUCGGCGCCGCUGGUCUAGCGCUCGGGCCCGUGUUGUUGGUGUGCCUGGCGGGCGCUGCCGCCAGCGGCGCCGGGGACGUGCUCCAGGCGAGGCUCAGCGCGCCGCGCCCGCGCGCCCCAGGUAGGCCCGCCGCCGACGAGGCCGAGGCCACGGCGGCCGUGGUGUGCCAGGCCGUCAGCGCGGCGGUCCAGGUCGUGCUCCUCUGGCUGCUCGCUGGCCGCGCGGUCGGCGGCAUGCUGGCAUUUCCAACGCUGCUGCGGCACGCGCACCUGUGGGCCUUCGCGGGCCUGCAGGGCGCGUUCUUCCUGCGCAGCAUCCAGAUCCUGAGCAGGAAGCUCGGCCUCGCCACGUCCUUCACGCUGAGCCUCUGCGGCCAGCUCGUCGCUGCCGCUGCGCUGGACGCGGCCCAGGGCGCCACCGCGGCGCUGUGCCCCACGCGCCUGCUGGGGCUCGGCCUCGUCAUGUGCGGGGCGGCCCUCAGCGCCGGCCGCUCUGCGAAGGGGACACCGCAGCUGCCGCGCGUCGUGCGCUGCGAGGGCGAGGAGGCCGUGACCGAGCGGCAUCGACAGCACCAGGAAGGCGGUUGGCAGCAGCCAGACGGCGAGCCGCUGCAGCGUGGGCGGCCGCGAGAGGGCGAAAUCGUACGCCUCGUCACUGGGUCCCCUAGUGAAUUUCACCAGCGUGAGGCGAUCGUGACCGAGGUGGCAGAGGCUCACUGCACCGUGGUGGUCCUCGAGCCAUCGAGGCGUUUCGGCGUCGGAGUGUGCUGGCCAGGCUUCGGCGACGUGGUGGCCGUGAGCAGCGCCUUCUGCCUGGGAGAGAGGGUGGUGAUCGAAGGGCUCAGGGGCGCGACCACUCGCCACCUCAACAAGCUCACGGGCACGAUCGUGCCUCAUCCCGAAGAAGAGAGACUCGGGCACCCCACCUUCGUGCACAAGGCCGCGUCGCCCGACCGGCCGCGGCUGGCGCUGCUCGUGGCGCUCGACGACCCCAAGGCCGCGGGGGAGACCUCCGUGCUGCUGGAGGCGCGGUUCCUGCUGCCGCGCGGCGUGGGGUGCUCUUCAGGUUGCGCCGCGCUGGACCUGGACGCCGCCCUGGUCUCCCUGGGCGCCGGGCCGAGGUGGGCCCAGACGGGGGUGGGGGCCUGAGGGCCGCCUCGCCAUGAUUCAGAGGAGGCUGCGGUGCGAAGGCGUCGGGCAAGCAUGCGCUCGAAUUGGACCAGCAAGCCCGGUGCAGGCUGCAGGUCGCAGGAGGGCGAGUGCGUUUCAGGCGGGAUUUUCCCCUGCCAGCAUGGCUGGCAGCACCCCUGGCGCGAGUUCGAUGGCGACCCGCUUGCAGGGACAACUGUUUCUUCUUUCCCCGCGGAGCAAUCCGUUCCUUCCGCAGGUUUUUUUCGCGAGUGCCCAGAUAUUUCCGCGUUGAGUUUGUCGACGUGACGCCUCGGCUGCGGCAAGCUGGUCCAGCCUGGUUGUGGGCGUCCGGCAGCAAUGCCGCCAUUCGGUUUCCACCCACCGUGUUGCUUCAGGUGGAGACGCAGGGUGCUUUUUCGUUGUAGCUGGCGGAUGUGGCACGCACUCUCUAAGUGGUACCUUGUCCAGGAACAGUUUUCAUGCGUGGCAUGUGGCUACAGCAUCUCGCGAGUGAUAAGACCCGCGAAAACCAUACAUCUGAUGUUGUCAUUGCUGCUGGUAUUUUGGGCUGGCAUCUGCAGACGUAUCCAUUUGACCGGGCCAAGCGCUACCACCGUGCCUGCGCACCAUCGAGAUGAAUGCUGGAUGUUUCUGCC